AUGUUAAAAAAAUCCCUAAUAAAAGUACCCCAAUCUGAGCUGACUUCGAGUUUCAAUUUGACGGCGUUGCUCCUGCUGAGCCUGUUGGCUUUAGGCUUUGGCGAGGAGGUGCAGCCAGAAACGGUCAAGGAGGACAAAAAAGCUUCCGUCGCCGAAGAGGAGCCAAAGAACGAGGCGACCUCGACAGCCGAAAAGAAACAAGACAAACGCGGCCUGUUCGGUUACGAGGGUGACUUUGGCCACGAGAGCUUCGGGGGACACGACUUCGGGGGCCACGAGAGCUUCAGUGGACACGAUUUUGGGCACUACGAGCACGAGCACCACGAGCACGCCAAAAUCAAGGAGAUCAAGAUCGAGAAGGAAGUGAAAGUACCGUACAUUGUUGAGAAAAAAGUACCCGUGCCGGUGGAGAAGAUCGAGCAUUACCCGGUUAAAGUGCAUGUGCCCCAACCGUACCCCGUUGAAAAAGUGAAGCACUUCCCAGUAAAGGUUCCAGUCAAAGUACCACAUCAUAUUCCUGCCCCGUAUCCAGUGGAGAAAAAGGUCUUUUAUCCUGUUCAUGUGCCAGUCGAGCGACUAGUUCCUCACAAGGUCUAUGUACCAGCCCCUUACCCCGUUGAGAAGCAGGUCCACUAUACAGUAAAGGUGCCUGUACCCCAGCCUUACCCGGUCAUCAAACAUAUACCCGUACCAGUAAAACACGUGGAACAUGUGCCCUACAAAGUCCCUGUAGUAAAGGAGGUACCUGAAUACAAAACUGUCGAAGUUGAUCGGCCUUAUCCCGUGCAUAUUGAAAAGAAAGUCCCCUACGAUGUCCACAAGCCUGUACCAGUGAAAGUUCCCGUCCCGGUCCCGUACCACGAGGAAAAGCACGAGGAGCAUCAUGGGUGGGAGGAACACGGCCACCACGACAUCGGAGGCGGGAUCUCCGAGCACGGGCAUGGAUGGGACUGA